AUGGAUAAACGUUCAAAAAAUUUACCCAAAUUUGGGGCAGCAAAACUAUCAUUUACACCAAAUUUAGGAUAUAAAAGAAUUGUAGCCAAGGAUUCAGAUCAACUGCCUAAAGUAGAAGUCAAAGUUGAACAUGAUGCUAAUUCAAGCGCUCAAUUAUCGUCAGCACAAAAACAAAAAAAACCUAAAGAAAGAUCCACAACACAGGUACAAAGUGUGUUUUCUAACAUGAGUUCAACAAGCCAGGGUAGAUCAGGUCCAUCACGCAUGGGAUUAUCAUCUGGUUUUCGAUCUUAUUCAAACCUCGGAGGUUUCAAUAGUUCGGGAUCUUUUAUGAAAAAAGAAGCUUGUCAAAGCAUACAACAAAUGCAAAUGUUAGAAAAUACUCAAUUUGAUGGGGAUGACCCAAUGGAUGAACCUCAUGGACCAGUUCGAUUACCAUAUUUCAGAAAAGAAAGGGUACCACAAAUUAAGUCUGAAAUGAGUUUAGAAUAUCCAUUCCAGAAGAAUAUAUAUCCUUCAUUAAGUGAAUUAAUUUCUCCUGAAUUAUUAAUUACUUUGCAGUUCUAUGACAGUUCAUUUAGUAUUCAACCAAAGAUUACAAAUAUUGAUUUAAGAGAAAAUAAUGAUAAUGAUGUAAUACUAGCCAAAAUAAAACCAGAAGUCCCUAUAAAAAUGGAAUAUAAUGGCCAUUUAAAAACUGAAUUCCAGAAUGAUUCAGAAGCUGUUUUUAAGUCCAAACCAAUAGGAAAACUUCAGUAUUAUAGAUCUGGGCGAGUUGUUUUAAUCUUUAAUGAAAAAAAAUAUGAAUUAUUAAAAGCCAAUGAGGAUAAACAUCACAAGGAAUUAUUCAGUCUUACUAAAAUUGAAGAAGCUGAAAGACCAGAUAAACUAGUAAGCUUAGGAACAGUACCUAUACGACUAAAAGCUGUUUCGGAUAUUGAUAAUAUAAUUGAGCACUUUUUAACAAAUAAUAAUUAG